AUGGGCAGCUGGAACACACAUCAACAGCCCCCGCGCCCAGACUUACACCUGGACAUACCACCAGCCCCUUUCUUCUCGGCCCUGCCCACCCUCACCUCUAUCUUGUCUUCCGAGCACCUGUUUCCAGGGCCCCGGAGGCUGCCAAACCUUUAUCCCCGAAGCCGAGCCUCUCCCCGGCCCCCACCCUCAGGCGGAACGUCCCUCCUCGACGCCCCAACUCCGUCCUCCCACCUUCACUACCCUUUGAACACCCCCUCGGUUGAUGCAGCCCCUCCGGCUCCGCUCCUCCUCUCUGGGUCCCCCCCAACCCGGGUCCUUUCCCCAGCAGCCCCCGCCCCCCUCUCGCCCCGUCGCAGUCCCGGGGUCCUCCCGGCUCCCCCAGCCUGGAGGCCUGUCCGGACUCACCCCGCCGGGCCAGAGGUCAAGGGCCCAGAAAAGGUGCCCAGGGGCGGGGGUGGGGGCCGCUGCUGCUCCAGCAGCUGUAAGAACCCGCGGCGGCAGCCACCCCGCUGGCAGCUCCGGCCGAAUCAGCUCCUCGAACCGGCCCCUGUGACAUCACCGCCCGGCGCCAAGCCACCCGGCGCCUCCUGGGAGUUAUCUGACUCCACUCCAGGACUAUGCCAACCUGUGACCAUGCUCCGACUAGCCAGGCGCCUCCUGUCCCUUCUGCUGGUGAUAAAUGCAGGGAGUCCCAUGCCCAGCCCCCAGACACUUCCUCAGGGCUGCUACCUGGCAGAGGAAGCUGGUGAGCGGACGUUCCGCUGCAGCCAGGCAGGCCUGAAUGCUGUGCCCGCUGGCAUCCCCAAUGACACCCGCAAACUCUACCUGGAUGCCAACCAUCUGGAAUCAGUGCCAGCUGGUGCCUUCCAUCACCUGCCUGUCCUGGAGGAGCUGGAUCUGUCUCAUAAUGCCCUUGUCCUCCUCUCAGGGGCUGCUUUCCAGGGCCUGGCACACACUUUGCACCACCUCGACCUCUCUGCCAACCAGCUGGCCUCAGUGCCUGUAGAGGCCUUCAUGGGGCUGCAGAUCCAAGUGAACCUGUCUGCCAACCCAUGGCGCUGUGACUGUGCCCUCCUGGAGGUGAUCAGGAGGGUGAGGCUGGCACCAGGCACAGGGAUGGGCAUUGUGUGUGGUCCAGGAGCCCGACCAGAUCUUGUGGGACAGGAGUUCCUGCCACUGGCAGGAGAGGAAGAGCUCUGUGGGACAGGGCGAGGUGGGGCCCAGAGGAACACUGAUGUGGCCCUGUUGGUCACCAUGGGAGGCUGGCUGGCACUAGUGGUGGUCUAUCUAAUCCACUACAUGCGGCAGAACCGAGAUGAGAUCCGGCGCCCUUUCACGCAGGCUCCAGACCUGCCUGUGCGCGCUGAGGGGUCUUCUACUCUCAGCACAGCUGUCUGA